CCGAGGGGACGGGCCGGGCAGAUGCCAACAUGGCAGCGGUUGGGGCUGGCGGUACCACUGCGGCGACUGGGCCAGGGGUGGUCUCAGUGGGGGCUUUGGAGCCUGGGACCUCGAGUGCGGCUCAUCGGCGCCUCAAGUACAUGUCUCUAGCUGUGCUGGUGGUCCAGAAUGCCUCCCUCAUCCUUAGCAUCCGCUAUGCCCGCACAUUGCCUGGGGAUCGCUUCUUUGCCACCACCGCGGUGGUCAUGGCUGAAGUGCUCAAGGGACUUACCUGCCUGCUGCUGCUCUUCGCACAGAAGAGGGGUAACUUGAAGCACCUGGUUCUCUUCCUCCAUGAGGCUGUCCUGGUGCAGUAUGUGGACACACUCAAGCUGGCAGUGCCCUCUCUCAUCUAUACCUUGCAGAAUAACCUCCAGUACGUUGCUAUUUCCAACUUGCCAGCUGCCACUUUCCAGGUGACGUACCAGCUGAAGAUCCUGACUACGGCACUGUUCUCUGUGCUCAUGCUGAACCGCAGCCUUUCACGGCUGCAGUGGGCCUCUCUGCUGCUUCUCUUCACUGGUGUCGCCAUUGUCCAAGCACAGCAAGCUGGCAGUGGGGGCCCACGGCUACUGGAUCAGAACCCCGGGGCAGGCCUGGCAGCUGUGGUGGCCUCCUGUCUCUCCUCAGGCUUUGCAGGUGUCUACUUUGAGAAGAUACUCAAAGGCAGCUCAGGCUCUGUGUGGCUGCGCAACCUGCAGCUCGGCCUCUUCGGCACAGCACUGGGCCUGGUGGGGCUCUGGUGGGCUGAGGGUACUGCUGUGGCCCGCCGGGGUUUCUUUUUUGGGUACACGCCUGCCGUCUGGGGUGUAGUGCUCAACCAGGCCUUCGGUGGGCUCCUGGUGGCAGUUGUCGUUAAAUAUGCCGACAACAUCCUCAAGGGCUUUGCCACCUCCCUAUCCAUAGUACUGUCUACUGUUGCCUCCAUUCGUCUCUUUGGUUUCCACGUGGACCCUUUAUUUGCCCUUGGUGCCGGGCUUGUCAUCGGUGCCGUCUACCUCUACAGCCUUCCCCGAAGUACAGCCAAAGCCAUAGCUUCCACCUCUGCCUCCGGGCCCUGCAUGCACCAGCAACCUCCGGGACAGCCACCACCACCGCAGCUGUCUUCCCACCGUGGAGACCUCAUCACGGAGCCCUUUCUGCCAAAGUCAGUGCUGGUGAAGUGAGGGCUGGCAGUGGUUGGGGGGAGAUAGGGAGGGGCUGAGGUGAAGGGCAACGAACAUUUGCAGGACUCAAGUCUCUGCUGGGGCUGCAAGGUGGUCUUUUCUCCCAGGUCACUGAGUGGUAGGGAGAAGGCACAUGCCAUGGGACUGGGGCUAGGCAUUAUUACAUCACCCUUCCUGGCAGGCUUACCCCAUCUCCCCCAGAGGGAGUUUUACAACCGUCUCCUCUGCCUAGUCCAACCUUUUGUGUAAUGGGACAGGCUUAGGAAUGUCAUGGCCUUUUUUUU